CCAGAGUCAUAAUUCUCUUCAUGAAGCUCGUCGGUUAAGGGUUCUCUUGACCUGACCUUUCGCCAGGAUGUUCCCGAUUUGUUCAAGAAACCCACAGACUUCAAAAUGACCUCAACGAGUAGAAAGAUGUGGCUGAGCUGCCUUGUAGCCUCGACCCUCUUUGCCCUGGCGACAGCAGCUGGAAACGAAUACCUACCUCCCAGCAAAGGGUACAAUUAUGACAAACCAAACGUUCCUUUCCCGACAAACAAUAAUGGAAACCAGCAACCGACGCCGCCGCCCUACAGGCCUACCCCGCCACCUUACAGGCCGCCCACCCCGCCGAGGCCUACAUACGUCCCACCAGGCCCUCCUUCCCAGGAGCACGACCACCACCACGACGAGCAUCAUCACCACGAACCUGGCAUGCCCUUCGACUUCUCGUACGCCGUGAAUGAGGACGGCAACGAUUACAGUCACAACGCCAUCUCUGACGGUGACGUCACCAGGGGAGAGUAUAGAGUGGCGUUACCUGAUGGUAGGACCCAGAUUGUUAAGUAUACCGCUGAUUGGAAGAACGGAUUCAAUGCUGAGGUGAGCUACGAAGGUGAGGCUAGAUACCCCGACCAGCAGCCCGGAUAUCCCUCAGGGGGUCCUGGAGCCCAAAGCGGGCCUGGUCAACAAUAUGUACCACCAAGCCAAGGAGGCGGUUACCAGUAUUAGAAGAGUGGCGCCCAACGUGUAACGCGAAAUGUGAUCUUAUAACUGUACGAUGUUUUAACGUUUCUAUGGGAAUAACUGACAAGACUUGAAUAGCUCUAUAACUCUUUAUCUUUAGGUGGGUCAGCAGUAUAUUUGAAUUUAUUUUUGGCCAGUAUAUAAUUGUGAGAAUUUUUUUUAUUGCUCUUUAGCUUUCCGCGGCAUAUAAAAGGACAUUUCACAAACCACAGAACUGUGUAAAUUCUGAAAAAAUUUGAGAUUCUAAUUGGCAUCUGGCUACUGUGUGGUAAUUAUUACAAUGGGCCAUUGUCUAAUGCAAUAUAAUAGUUGUGAAAUAGGUCCAAAUGAAAGACAACAUGUGGUGACUAUUAUAUGCUUAUAAUAAAUUUUCACGAGACGUCAAUAACCCGUAGAAAAGUUAAGACAAAAAUUUUACGAAUUGUAGUUACCGAAUAUAGUUACCAUUUAGUUAUAAUGUUUAUUUUAAUGGCAAUAUGGAGGUGCUUCAUUUUUUCUAGCUCAUAGUGAGCUGCUGAUUGACUUAUUUAGUUAACUGUCUGUAGAUAAAAGUUGAACAAUAAUUUUAUACAUCUACCUAAAUGUUGUUAUCACAAUGAAAAAACUUUAGGUAUUCAUUAACCCAUUUUAAUUGCUAGAAAAUGCUUUUUGUUCUUUCGUAUAAUUCAUACAGAAGAAUUAGACACUUUCUGGAUGGGUAUGGGCAAUUUUUCAUAUAAAAAUCUUCAACGCAACUCCCACAGAGUUGAGUUUAGACUUACGUGCAGGGCACAAUACCAACUGACAUAAGGUAUAUAUUUUUCACAAUUACUUUAUUAAUUUUGUACAACAGUCUCUAUUUUCUUUAUAAGAAAGGACAUAAUGUUACAUUAUAUAAUUUUUUUAUGUUUUUGUAAAAAUACAAAUAACAGUAUCUAUUUUCUAAGGCUGUCGCACCAAUAUUUGAAUCUUGUACCUUGAAGUGAUCUAAAUAAGUGUUUAAGACUUAUUAUUUAAGAUUAAAAAAAAACCUUGAAAAAUACUCAUGAUA